GUAAUUUAAGCGUAGUACUUCAGGGUGUUGUAAUUUGACAUAUAUUGUAAGUUUAAUUUCUUGGAAAUUGUUUAAGCAAGAAAAAAAGAGUACAAACAGUUGAUUUUUGGGAAUUAAUAUUAAUUACGGGGGCCAUAGUUAUUAAUUUUUUUUAAAUCUUAUUCAUUGACUAUAAGCCGCCAAGGCAAAGACUUCAUUAGUUUUAAAAUAUUGAUUUUUUUUAAUGGAUAAGUUGAACUCGUCCAAUGAAAAGAAGCCACGUAUGUGUGUGUCUAUAUAUAUAUAUAUAUAUGUAGCACGUCUGUUAUAUUAAAUUCCUGCAACAAUUCGUCUCUGAUCAGUUCUCCCAGUUCCGAUCAUAUUCGGCAGAAUUUUUCGUACUGAUUUGAGGGAUUAAUUCUCUGCAAAUUUUUUGACUUUUGUGAGUAAUGGGGAACAAAAGUUCGAGCCCAAGAUAUUACACGUCAUCAUCGUUUGAUGAUCACGGCGGCGGCGGCGGCGGCGCGGGAUAUCCUCACGACCCGUAUCCCACGCCGCGGCACCACCACGCUCCGCCGAGUUACACCCACGCGCCGCCAGCUCCACAGCCAAACCGCCGCCUCGAUAGGAGAUUCAUAAGAAUCGCCGAUAACUACCAGACGCUUGAUCAGGUUACAUCUGCUCUUUCGAAAUCCGGUCUGGAAUCUUCAAAUCUUAUUGUCGGAAUAGAUUUUACAAAGAGCAAUGAAUGGACAGGGGCCAAGUCUUUUAACAGAAAAAGCUUGCACCAUAUUGGAAGUGGACCAAAUCCAUAUGAGCAAGCCAUUUCCAUCAUUGGGAAAACCUUAUCCUCCUUUGAUGAGGACAACCUAAUUCCAUGUUUCGGAUUCGGAGACGCGUCAACACACGACCGGGAUGUAUUUAGUUUCUAUCCAGACGGGAGGUUUUGUGAUGGAUUUGAAGAAGUGUUGAGAAGAUACAGAGAUUUAGUUCCUCAACUUCGACUUUCGGGUCCAACUUCGUUUGCACCGGUUAUCGAAAUGGCCAUGAGUAUUGUUGAGGAAACCGGAGGCCAGUACCAUGUAUUACUCAUAAUUGCCGAUGGCCAGGUUACAAGAAGUGUGGAUACUCCAUACGGUCAAUUGAGCCCACAAGAGAAGAAGACAGUUGAUGCUAUUGUCAGAGCAAGUGCCUAUCCCUUGUCGAUUGUUGUCGUUGGUGUUGGGGAUGGACCUUGGGAAAUGAUGCAAGAAUUCGACGACAAUCUUCCUGCCAGAGCAUUCGAUAAUUUUCAGUUCGUCAAUUUCACGGAUAUCAUGUCGAAGAACGUGGAAUAUUCAAGAAAAGAGGCUGCAUUUGCCCUUUCGGCUCUCAUGGAAAUCCCUUCUCAAUAUCAAGCUACAUUAGAGCUCAGCAUAUUAGGUCAGCAGACAGGAAAUGCUCCUAGGAGAACUGCGCUUCCGCCACCUGUCGGCAGAGGAAAUGUUACCACUAGGCACAAUCCUUACAGUACAAGCAGUUCACAGAGGAACACAAACGUUCCCCUUUACCCUGGAAACGAAAACUCUGCCAAUACAGCCUCUUCCUCGAGCUCUCUUUACGACAGUAAGCUUUGCCCGAUAUGCCUGAGUAAUUUAAAAGACAUGGCUUUUGGAUGUGGCCACCAGACAUGUUGUGAAUGUGGAACGGACCUUGAAUACUGUCCAAUGUGCCGGAGCACAAUCAGUACGCGAAUUAAGCUUUACUCAUAGCCAUGCGUACAUACUCGUCGUAAAAAAAAAAUCGUCCAGUUGCGGUUCCAUGACAACAUUAAAUCUCUGGCUCGAGAUUUUUACUUUUCAUGUAAAAAAAAAAUGAUUUUUUUUUAGUACAGGGGAAAUGUAAAUAUCAAAUGAACAGACAGGAUUUAGCAGGGGUCCUAAAUCCUGAUCAAUAAUGACGUAAAAAUCUCUACUGUCGUCGUGCAUUGGAGAUAUAGCUUCUUGAAUUUUUUUUUUGUCCGAGUUUCGGGUUUCGAUCGUGAGAAUAUCCGAGGAAUGACCAACACUUAUUUCGUUCUGGUGUACAAUACAAUUGAUUGUAAAUUUCUUUGUUUUUUUUUUUUUCGUUCGAGUUGAAAUUGCUUCCUUUAUUCUUAAAUAUUGUAUCUCAUUGUGUAUAUGUACUAUGUAGUAACCUUCUUCAG